UGUUAACAUUUUUAACAUGGAUUUUCAAUGCAUUUUAUUAAGCAACAAUAACUAAUAAACUAUAAGCCUAUCAGCGACUCGCGAGUGCCGACCAUAGAGUAAGAAUAUGUGCCGACUGAUGAGAACUGACUGGCGACUGCCGAUUGCCGAUUUUAGAGUUUCACAAAGUUCAUAGUUCAUUCUUCAUCCAUAAAUACAAUAUGUUUAUAUUUACCAUUUACUAAACGGUUCUGAAGUCGUUAUUCAUUUAUGCCUUACGUCAGUGUUUUGAUUUGCUUAUUCAACAUAUUAAGCUAAAUAUUUGGGCUAUUUAGUAUAAUAAUUAUAUUUUCUAAUCGUGAAUUUACAAUUCUUACUUUUGAUCCGCCGACCUGUGAAUGGUCUCCAGUAUGGGUUACAGCCGAAAUCCAAUAUCGUCAUCUAGAGAUCGUAGACGUGGACGGGAUAGACGAAGUAGAAGUCCGGUACGGCGACGCGGUGGUGGUGGUCGAGGAGGUAGAGGUGAUCCAGGCUCUAACUUACGUAAACCUCGAUGGGAAACAAAAAAGCUCGAACCAUUCAAAAAAGAUUUCUAUCUGCCGCACGAAGCUGUCCAGAAUAGAUCAAAAUCAGAAAUAGAAAAAUACAGAGAAGAGAAAGAAAUAACACUAGUUGGCGAAAAUAUUCCAAAACCAAUAUUUAAGUUUGAUGAAAGUGGCUUUCCUGAAAUCAUAAUCAAAGAAUUAAAGAAACAAGGUUUUGUUGAGCCUACUGCUAUUCAAGCACAAGGAUGGCCAAUAGCUUUGUCUGGUAAUAAUUUAGUUGGUAUUGCGUCCACUGGUUCUGGAAAAACAUUAUCGUAUAUUGUUCCUGCUUUAAUACAUAUUUCACAUCAACGAAAAUUAUCACGUGGUGAUGGACCUAUUGUAUUAGUAUUGUCUCCAACUCGAGAAUUAGCCCAACAAAUACAAACUGUUUGUGACGAUUUUGGUGAUGCAUUUGGAGUUAGUAGUACAUGCUUAUUUGGCGGUGCACCAAAAGGUGGUCAGGCAUCUGACUUGAGUCGUGGAGUUGAAUUAGUAAUUGCUACACCAGGCCGUUUAUUAGAUUUUCUUGAAAGUGAACGUACAAAUAUGUGUCGAUGCACAUACCUAGUUUUAGAUGAAGCUGAUAGAAUGUUGGAUAUGGGGUUUGAACCACAAAUUCGAAAAAUCAUUGAUCAAAUAAGACCAGAUAGACAAGUAUUAAUGUGGUCAGCAACAUGGCCCAAAGAAGUAAAAAAUUUGGCUGAAGAAUUUUUAGAUGAAUAUAUACAAAUAAAUAUUGGUUCCUUAACAUUAGCAGCUAACCAUAAUAUCCAACAAAUUGUUGAAGUCUGUCAGGAAUAUGACAAAGAAACAAAGUUAAUAUCGCUUUUAAAGAAAAUAAUGGAUGAAGAUGAAAAUAAAACUAUUGUUUUCAUUGAAACUAAGCGACGGGUGGAUGAAAUUACAAGAAAGAUUAAAAGACAUGGGUAUUCAGCUGUAUGUAUUCAUGGUGAUAAAUCACAAUAUGAGAGAGACAAUGUUUUGAAAGAUUUCAGAGAUAGUCGUUACCCUAUAUUGGUCGCUACAGAUGUUGCCGCUCGUGGUCUUGAUGUGGAAGAUGUGAAGUUUGUAAUCAAUUUUGACUACCCAAAUAAUUCUGAAGACUAUGUACAUCGUAUUGGUCGUACCGGUCGAUCUCACAAGACGGGUACAGCUUACACAUUCUUUACACAGUCAAAUGCCAAACAAGCUGCAGAUUUGGUUUCAGUUCUCACAGAAGCCAAUCAGACUAUAAGUCCUAAACUAAAAGACAUAGCUGACAACUGGCGUUCAAAUGGAUUUUCAGGAAGAGGUGAUAGACGACGUGGAUGGAGAAGUGGUCGAUCAAAAAAAUCUAAGAGCCGUUCAAGGAGCCGUGAUCGUUAUAAACGUAGAUCAAUUUCCAGAUCUAGAUCUAGAUCAUACUCUAGGUCAAGAAGCCGUAGUCGUUCACGGUCAUAUGAUAGACAUCGAAGACAUAGGCGUAGCAGGUUAACACAUUUCUAAUAAAUCCAUCCUAGUUGAGUUGUCAAAAUAACUUUCAAACUUUGUAUGUAAUGGAAUAGCUUUCAAAAUAAUUGUAAGUAAAAAUAUAAAAAUUAUAAUAAUAAUAAUUAUAUU